GAGCCCAUUUAAUCCCAUUUUCCAGCUGUUCUCCGAUAUCAGUUCCUUUUUCAUGGAUUCAAUCGCCACGUAUGUAGGGUAAUGAAUUCCGAACCUUAUUCCUACCCUGUUCUCAUGGGUCACGACAUCUGCCACGGGCUAUUUAUUUUCCGAUUCGCGUCUCUGAGAUUCGUAAGGGCUUGCCACUGAGGUAGCUGUAAUGUGCACUACAAUAAAUAAUAAAAAGUUUAAAUACUAUAAGGAAAACGUUUAACUAGUCUGUUUGUUGGUUCGGGUGGUGCUUGUGAAACGCUCGGAAUGGGAGGAAAGGCUGUUCUGAAGGUCAUUUUCACUGUCACCAGCUGUCACUGCGUGUUGGUGCAUCGCUAGGAACAGGAUCCAAAGCGGAGCUAAAUAUACCCCGCCGAUCCUUCUCCAAACCGGAGAAGCGAACAAGAUAGAGAGAACGAGGGAGAAAGGAGGGGGAACAAGACAGAGGAAACGAGAGAAAAUUGAAUAGAGAGAAAGAUGGUGAUAGAGUUCAGAGGUGCAUAAAACAUAAAAUCUACAAAUACAGACGACCGAAGAGUGGACUGACCUGGAAAAAGCAUCCGAAGUGUAAGUGUCUUGGGUGAUUCGCAAAGACAUUGACCUAUCUCACACGGAAAAAAACUAUUGUUUCCUUGUGAAAGAUGGAAAACACAGAGGAAGUAGAUCAACCCACCCAACAGGGGGGAAUUAGCAAAGAAAUUGAGGGUCCCAACCAACUGCUCCCAAGUGAGGUUGCCUUGACACCCGAGAAUACAUCCCAGGAUCUCAGUGCAGAAGAGAUGGUAUCAGAAGGAUUUCAGUUCUAUCACAUGGACCUAUAUGACGAGCCCAUUGAGGGAUUAGGGAUCUUCAGCCACAAUUUGGCCACAGAUAAGCAAUCAGACAGCAGAGAAAAGGCCGAGGCCAUUUCACCGUGGGUCCAAGGUGCUGAAGAGAAUUGGGAGCAGGACAAAGAACGGAAGUCACCUCCUAUCAAGGAAUACAACAUCUAUGAUGAAGAUGAGCGUUGUGAACCUUUACAGGAAGACUUUACAAGUGGUGGGAAUAGACUGGAACUCCCUAAAACUCUGGGGGGAUUUGAUCCCUUCCAGCAAAUAGUGGAUUAUUCAGAAAGCAUGAGUCAGUUCAGCGACCGGGUUUUCAGCCCACUGUCAGACCGGAGUCUGGGUGGUUUUGAGGAGUUUGAGUCUCUUAGCUUUGCAGCCAAGGAAGUAGAUGAUGAGGCUGAAACGCAGAAUGAUCUCGGUCUCCCGGAUACGACAGAAUUGGAAGAUCAAAACGUCUCAGAGGACAUCACCCCUGAUAUUUAUUGCCAGGCCUGCAAUGUCCCCAUCCCUGCAUUUGAAAAGCUAUUUGGCUCCCACAAGAACCAUGAAGUGACCACACUGGCGAGUGCAGCAGAGGAAACCAAGUCCGAGUGCCAAGGCAAUUUGAGGAAGCUGGAGCAGCAAAUUAUUCAGAUGGAGACGUUUGCUAAUCAAAUGGAAGAGAUCUUCAUCACUGUGGAAGAAAACUUUGGCAAACAAGAACAUUACGUGGAGCUGCAAUAUGAUGACCUGAUGCAGUUCCUGGUGCAACGUUAUGAGGACAGGAUUCAGAGCCUGGAGGAGCAGAAGGAACAGAAACUGGAGAAGCUGUAUGCGGAGCUGGUCCAUUCCGGGCAGCGCAUUGAUUCCUAUAAAGAACUGAUGGAAUCUACCGAGGAGGUGUGCAGGUCCGCAGGCAAUGAAGCCUUUUUGAAGGUUGGAGGUGCUACGCUGGACAGAUUGGAAGAGUUUCUCCAAGAGGACGUGAGCCUGGAACUUCCCACCACAGCAGAGUUCGAGAAAUUCCCGACAGACACGUCAGAGGUGCAGCAACUGAUAGACUCGAUCAACAGUAUGCCAGCACCCUCCCCUCCCUCAAUGUCUCCUCAGACGCCUGACACAGCCAUGACCACAGCCGUGCGUGUCUGCUGGAGCCUCUCGGCAGAUGACACAGUGGAUUAUUACCAGCUUUACUACAUACAGCUCCCUCAAGCCGGCGCUCAGCAGGAGAGCAAGGGACCAACAGAUUUAGACACAUCCCUGAAAGUGAAGGAAACGUUCUGCACCGUGAGCGACCUGCAGCCGGGCACGCUGUACGAAUUUUGGGUCACAGCCACAAACGGCAGCGGCACCAGCGGGGCAAGCGACAGAGCCGUGUACACCACAGUUGCUGUGCCGCCCGCCAUCAAGAGCAGGGAGUGUACCUGGUGUCAGGAUGCAGCGUCCAUCCAGUGGGAACCGGCGGCUGGCAGCUCCGUCCAGUCUUACACGGUGGAAUUCUGCCAAGUGUGCUGUGGCUGCGACUGGACCGAAUCCAUCACAGAGUCGAUGGUGGGCAUCACGUCAUGUAAAGCAGUGAUACAACUGGAACCAUUACAGAGUUACCUCAUCUACGUCAGGGCAGUGAACAAAGGCGGCUCCAGUCAUAGGAGCCAACCCAUCACUAUAAAAGCUGCGGGGACCUGCCUUUACCUGAAUGAGAGCACUGCUCACCCAUCCCUCUCUAUUCUGGAUGAUGGCUUGACGAUCGUUUACAAUGAGGAGGAGGAAGCGAUAUUGACUGAAGUUCUGAAAUACGAAGAUAGGUUUACAAGAUGCCUCGCUGUGCUGGGGGAGCUAACUCCUGUCCGAGGGAAACAUUACUGGGAGGUUGAGGUGGAAGAAACCACAGAAUAUCAGAUUGGGGUCGCUUCACCAGAUACACCUCGAGACGGCUAUCUCGGCACAAACAUCACAUCAUGGUGCAUGAGACACAUCUUUACUCCGUCCAGGAGGAAGUUUGUGUUUCUGCACAGCGGUGUGGCAGCAGACCUGCGGAUCACAGUCCCCCCCAGAAGAAUCGGGGUGCUGCUGGACUACAAAGCGGGGAAGCUUUCCUUCUUCAACACCGACAUAGCGCAGCACCUCUUCACUUUCUCAGACCCCUUUCGCAAUUUCGUCAUGCCCUGUUUCGCUUUGGAGAAACCCGGAGCUUUGAAAAUUCACCACUGCAUGCCUCUGCCCGAUUAUGCCAACUUUGCAUAAGAAUUUACUCGUAGGUUAGUUGUGAUAUCCGUUAGGAGGGGUUGAUGGUGCGCGUGUGUGCAUGUAUGUAUGUGUGUGUGGGGUGGGG